AUGCCUGCUACUACUGCCACUUUCACCUCCACCUUCAAGAUCACCACAAGCGCUACCUUGGCCAUGCGCCUGGCCUCUGUCAACAACGGCCGCACCAUCCCCAACAAGCGGAUGAGGAACGAGCUGGAUGGGGAUGACCUCGCCUUCGACCUCGAGGCCAACCGGCCGUGUAAGAGGCACCGGAUCCAGUACUAUACCGAGGCGGAAGAGGACCUGUUGGUGUCGAUUCUCGUUCAGGGAUACGAGAACGCGGUGAAGGACAGCCCGUGCCCUCAGGCGGAGCAGCAGCACCAACACACCACACCCAAAGACGAGGCCCUCUACGCGGCCAUGAAGGAACAUGAAGCCUCUACCGCCGCCCUCGCCGCCAGGGCCAAAGUAUACGCGCAGCAAGUCGCCGCCGCAUCGGAGGAUCUUCAGAAGGCGAUCGCCGAGGCCCGCGAGCAGGAGGCCAUCGCGGACAAGGCGCGUGCCAACAGACAUGACCGCGCCAUGCAGUACGUCGGUGCGUCCGCCAUUUAUGAGGGGUCCCAGCUUUAUGACGAGCCCUGCCGGGAGCAGUGCAAGAAGCGGGCCAGGCAGGAGCGGAAGCCGAUGCCCUUCAGCGACUUACAGCAGGCCUCGGAGGAUGAUAUCUAUGAGUUGAUUUGGCUCCAGAGGCAGUCGCACCUGCAGGAGGCCAGGAAAAACUUCGAAGCAGAACAGAAGACCCUCCUCACGAAGAAGGCGGAGCGGGACCAGCUCGCCCGCGAGCACGACAAGGCGGAGACAGCGGCAUCAGCAGCGCUAGAGUCCCUCAGAAAAAGAAUGAAGCAGGCCGAGGUGGACGCGUUUGACUCCCUGCUGGAAUUUAAGCAAGCCUACGCCGACACUCCCUGCGACUCUUCGCGGUUCAACACCCUCUGGGCCGUCUGCGAUGUGAUCGACGAGCUGGUGGACGGGCCCUCCCCGCAGCAGAGAAAGAGUGCGGGUCGCAGGAGGACCAAGCGGACGAGGUCCUCCCGCUAA